GCAGUUGUAGAUUUGUAUUGAUUAAUCUGGUAGAUCUGUUUGGUUAACCACAAUACAAACCACAAGGAUUUUGAAAUGAGCUCCAGUAGAGUGAAACAAAAUUGAAUUGGGCUCUCAGGAGAAAUCUCUGCUCAUGCCCAUCUUGAUUCGUUUGGUGAAAGACUGGAAAAGCUCAUCUCUUAUCUGAAGUAUGUUGGACUACUAUCUCACACUUUUCUCCUCUCUGCAAAUGACUGACAUCCCCAGAGCAAACAGUCUUAACUGGACCUGUCAGAACAUGAGUACACCUGUAUUGUAUGCGAGAAGAGAGGAAAGAGAGGAGAAAGCCGAGUGUGUGAGGAACACAAUAAUCACAGCCCUGAGCUGCUUAUCUCCAGAGAUGCAGCAUAAGCUUUGCUCUUUGCACUCCGUUUUGACCAUUGUGCUAGUUGAGUAAAUUUGCUCUUGGCCCAAGGGGAUCUGAGCCCCACCCUGCUUCCAAACUCUCUCUCUCUCUCUCUCUCUCUCUGUCAGUCUUUAGCUGUCUGUCUGUCAGCCUUUGAAAUGUCUCACACCUUCACACAACCCCACCACAAAAUCUUAAUAAACAUUUCCAAAUAAAAGAUGAUGAACCUUUGGGAAAAAAAUAACGACUGAAAUAAAACAAAACACAAUUAUGCAUGAGAAAUGACUCAAUUUAAUUUUGUGAGACUCUCAAAGUUUUAGGAAACAAUGCAUGCCACCACACUGUUUACUAGAUAACAGAUUAAAGAGCAAGUUUCAACAAAAAAAACUUGUAUUUCCAAUGUCAGAGACCCCGCACCCCCUGCUAUCGGGUUGUUUGCUGUGCUUUUCUUUCCAGGGCAUUGGUAUGUAUGUUUAGGAAUUCUAAUCUUAUCUGAGUAUCUCCCUACAUUAACAUCUGUUAUGCUGCAAUUACCAUAUACAUUAGUCGACACCUGUUUCACUUAAACCUAUUUAAUUACGACAAUUGUACUGGUUUGUUGUGGGCAAAAACAAAGUCAUCCCCGUUUAAAAAAAGGUUUGAUGUUCAGUCACAAUAAAGCCAAUAAUUCAUAGUCCAGGUUCAUUUUGACCCGAAAGAAUAAAAUCAUUUGCAACCGUGCAGAAAUAAUUUCAAUAGCCUAUAUUAGGCUACAUUAGAAAAUAAAGAAAAUUUGAAGAUUUGAAAAACAAAAAAUGGCGUGUAGACGGAUUUUAUUUUUAGCCUACACAAUGGUGUGAAAGUUAUUUGUUGCAAAGAUGUCAAAUGCGCGCAUUCGUUUAGGCCUAUAAAUCUAAUAUUUUGUAACAACUUUAACUAUAUAUAUAACUAUAUUUAUAUUAACUAUAUGUUAACUUUAUAGCCUAUUAUUAAAUAGCCCAUAAUAGUAAAAAAAAUAGUUUUGUUAUGCCUAUGUUUUAGGCUAAAUGAAAGCUAACCUAUUUUGUGCUAACCAAUUAGCUAAUCAAACGCGCAAGCCAUGUUAAAUACUUUUUACUUAGGCUACAUCCAGAUAAUGUAAAAUCAAAGCAACUAAAGAUUUCAAAUCGGUGUUAAUUAGUUAAACCCGCUAAAGGUAUUUUCCUACUUUUUAAACGCUUCAGACACACAUUGCACCGUGUUGCUAAUCAAAUUCUGAUAAUGGCUUGUCAUGUUGAGUCUUGUAUCGGUUUGCUUAGACAAAAAGAUGAAACGGUCUCAGCAAGAUGGAAAAAAGUUUAUUCUGAGACGUUAAUGUGCGACAUUUGAAGGUGUUGCCAAUGGCUUUAGUAGCUAUCACUUUUCCCCGGCUGAGCUUCAUUUAAUUCAUUGCAUGUUACAUGUAAACAAGACUAAAUAAAACAUAGGCAAUAUAAAUCAAAAUCAAAAAUAUAGCUAUUACGUGAAAAUGCUUUUAAAAUAAAUUUUUAAUUAAAUAAUAACAUUUACUAUAGCUUAAUGUGCUAUAGGCUAAUAAAAUAGGCCGAUGGUUCGACAAAUAAAAGAAACUUAAAACAUCAAUUAUCAUAUUGUUUAAAACAGACGGAUUUUCUACAUAGCCUAUAUUUAAUAGAUUUAUAAUUAUUUUAAACUAUUUAAGGUUUAUGUAUCCAAGAACAUCUCCAGAAAAUGCUAAUUUCACAUGGAGCCCUACUAUUUUCCACUCUUCAGUACGGAUAAGCGUGAGAUAAGCAUCAUGAGUUUAAAGACUUUUAGAGGCCGUUAAAAGGAACAACCGAAAUUCUCCUUUGAAGGGAUUUACUCCCAGAGAAAUCCUUCGGAUCACGGCUGUCAAUCAACUACUCUGACACCGCCCACUGAUGCGGCUCCGCCUAUAAAGAGAGCCCGUGAACUCGAGGGAGUGUCAUUCAAACACCAGAGCUCAGGGAGUAAGGAUGCCUGCUUCACCAACGGGGUUUGGAAACUUCUUCAUGGACAGAAACAUCAACAUGCCCGCUGGAUAUCAAUUAUUGGGCUGCCCACCUGGAAUGCAACAGCCACCGCCACAUCUUGUGGGCAUGGCUGGGGUGCCCUUACCUUUCUCAGGAAUACCGGGGUACAGCUUCAUCCCUUAUCCUCAUCCGGGACACAUGGCACACAUUAGCAAUUCCUAUGACCUCAAGGCUGCAUCACCGUAUCACCAAGCUCUCCUCGGACGUGGAGGACCCUAUUACACUCCUUAUCGUCCCAUACCAGCUGAUGACCCCAGUCGGGUCACCAAGGUGGCCACCCGGGAGAGCACCAGCGCUUUGAAGGCCUGGCUCAGCGAGCACCUGAAAAACCCAUAUCCCACCAAAGGCGAGAAGAUCAUGCUUGCCAUCGUCACAAAGAUGAGCCUUACGCAGGUGUCAACGUGGUUCGCCAACGCUCGGCGCCGCCUGAAGAAGGAGAACCGGGUCAGCUGGGCCUCCAAAGGAAAGUCCGACGAGGAGGAUGAGGAAGAGGAGGGUGAGAGCGAAGAGGAGGGGUCCUUGAGGAAAGGCACGGAGGAUGAAGAUGAGAUCGAUCCUCAAACGGUUGAUGAGGAGGACGAGGAUGCCGCGGUGGAGGACCGAUUAGCGGAAGGACUUGAUCAGCAAAAGGAAAGUGACAAGUCUGACACAUCGUGUGAGAGCAAAAGAGAGGCGUGUAAGCAAAACGUCGAUGUCCAGAAACCUAAAAUCUGGUCUCUCGCGGAAACCGCGACCUCCGAUAUCAAGAAACCCAACGAUUUGAAACAUCUUCAAAGCCCAGACUUUGGGAAAUGGUGGGCUGGAUGGCCUUCAAGGGACUCCUACUCACCUGUAAACCUUUCCACACACGACCUUCUCAAACAAAGUCAAUGAAAUUGUAAAUCCAAAAACACUCUCUAGACUGAAUUUUGCACUUUGAAACCAUUGGGAACAUUUUGUUGUGGAAGUUUGCAUACAAGAUUUAAUCCAAUGCCUGCAUGGUUUAAAAACCAAAGGAUGCGUAUUGUGUAAAUAUUGUACAUUUAUUUUGUUUAAAUUAUAAAUGCAUUUACCUGCUGACUUAUUUUUGCUAAAAUAAAACGUUGAAAAUCGAAAAGUUUUGGUCAUGGUGAAUGUUAAUCAUGGGAUUUGUUUUUACAGUGAGAAAUUAUUUCAAAUGCGAAAGUGUUAUUCUGCAUUGUUUUAGUUACAGAAGCCUAUACUAUUUAUAUCUGUAAUUUCUAAAAGUCUUAAAGAACCAUUAACUUUAGCAAUAAGCUAAUAAAAUAUGUCCAUUUUCAGUGAGUUGCCUAUAUCUCGAAUAGCGUUCGAAGCCGCAAUGAGACAAUUUUAGAAAAUGGUGGCAAGAGCAACAUAAUAAAAUAGACCAUUAUUUAACAAACAGUUGCCAUUAUUAAAUGUAAUAUGUAACGUAUAACAACAUUGUACAUUAGCUAUUACAGAAAUUGUACAAGAGCUUCAAAUGUGACUCAACAAAUCAGAGCUGGCACAACGCGAAACUUUUAUAAAAUGGCGACAACAGAAAUGGGAUAAAAUUAAUCGAUUUUAAUAGGUAGAGGCCUAAUCAAUUUUUUGUUUAGCCUAUUGUAAUUGGAUUAAACAAAUUUUACGCGACAUUUAACUUCGCUGUUUGUUUGCCAAGCAACUUGGCGUAGGCUAUUUGACAAUGCGUUUCCAAUCAGAACUAUAUUUAUAGUUUAUUAUUAUUGAAUAGUCAAACAUAAUUAAAUUUCUAAAACCUUCAAAAGAACGUGUACACAAUCGAUAUAUGAUAAUUGCUGUCGUUUAAGAGGAAUUCUCAGAUUUUGGAGGCAGAUCAAGACGCGUUCAAAGCGUUUCACUUCAAGGCUGGAUUUAGGCUUCAUGUUAUCAGUGAGGACACUACUAUUAAGGGAUUUGCAUAUCUAGCUCUGAUCUGUUAAAACAAUUCAAAGCGGCGCGGAUUAAGGACAUGAAUUGUUCCGUCUUAAAGGGUGAUAAUUAAGAUUAUUCUCCUGUUUAGUCACGACUUGACAGACGAAAAUUGCCAGAGGCUUCUACCUUUACCCUCAUUUAGUGCUCAAAGAUAAGAUCAAACCUGACUUAUGAGAAAAUAAAUACUCUGACACACUAAGUCAAGUGCAAAAAGUUAAAAAGUGAUUUUAUAUUAGGCUAUUAAAAUAAUAAUGGUGCAAUAUAGAGUCGAAGCCCAAAAGGUAAAAAACAAAAUAAUAAAACUAUUGUGCGUAUUUCACCAACCAAACAAUUUUUAAUUUCCACUAUGGACUGGCAUCAGAAAAUGAUCAAAUAAUAAAAUCUCAAAUAAAUAAACUGAUCCAUCAAGGGAUGGUGUGACAAAAAAAAAAAAAAUCUUGCACCCUUUGGUUUCUUUUAUAAAUCUCUGACACAAACACACCAAUAGGAUUAGGCCGUAGGACAAUAUUCUGUUUUUGCGGCCUCCCCUCUGCAGAGGGAAUGAUAAAAGGAAAACUCUUCCUUGCCAAUCACUAUGGCCUCCAUGUAAAUUCAAAGGCCUGUGGUCUGUUAAUCCAAGGAUAAUGAGAAAACCCCUGGGUACAAAAAAGGAGCACCUCCCAGCCACCCCCCCAAGCACAUAUUCACAGCUAACACACACUGGGCACAACAAUCUCCUCCAUGCCCCCUUUUCAGUGGCCCAAAUGAUGUGUAAUCCCAGUCUAAACAUGACAGGCAAAAGGCUGUGAUAUUGAGAUAAGGAUUGAGGUGUUGAACAAUGGUGUGAGAUACAAUGCCUAAAUCGGCCAUCAAUGUGUCACACAAGGGCCUCCUGAUCCCAGCAUAUGGUCAUAUGCUUUGGAUACUAUGGCCUGAUUUAUAGUUCAACAAGCUUUUUAUGUAUGUUUGUUUAGAUAUAUACAAAAUAUGAGCUUUAUGAGAAUGUCAAGUCAAAAUAUAUGCAUCAAUACAACAAAACUUUCCCAUUACAAUUGUACAUUUGCUUAAAAAAAAUAAAAAUAAAAUAAAGCUAGUUGGAUUAAGAAAAUAUUGCAUUGUGAUUUUACUGUGAGCCAAUUUUAUCCCAAAACACCAGACAUGGAAAUGGCAACCUCUUGUGGACAGUCAGAGUAUCCCACAAUGCAUCUCUUGGACAGUCAUGAGCGAUUUAAAACUCAGUUUCACACCAUAACAUUUGUCAAUCGUUUUUCUGUGUUCGAUUUGAAACAUUUCACACCUCAUAAGUAGCGAGUGAUUAUCUUGCAGUGACAGACUGGUAAUUAUUAAUGGAGAAUCAGAAAUGCUUUAAUAUGUACAGAGUGGUUCAUUCCCCACAUUAACCUGAAAUAAAAUGCAAUAAAAGAAUAAUUCACAAACACAAAAUUGUCAUGUACAAUGGAAAUAUUUACAUAGCACAAUACAAAGCAACACAGAUAUCCCAACAAAAGUCUAACAGCAAAUAAAUGAUCACAAAGCCAAAAUGUAAAAAAAAAAAUAGAUAUAUAUAUACACAUGAAAAUAAUAAUUAUACUUGCUUUUUUUUUUUUUUUUUUUUGCACAGCACUAUUUUCCAUCCCAG